GCCUGCCAAGCCGGCACCUUCAUCAAUCUCACCUCGCUGGCCUGCCAGCCGUGCCCCAGGGGGCACUUUUCAAGCAUUGACGGAGCGCGCAGCUGCGCCCCCUGCCCUCGCGGCACCUGGCAGAGCGCGCUGGGCGCCACCACCUGCAACGGCUGCCCUGCCGGCACUGCGGGCCACCUGAGCGGCGCACACCACGUGAUGCUCUGUGAGGCGUGCCCCCCUUGCCCUCCGGGAACGUUCACGAGGCAGCACGGCGCAGCCAGCUGCACGGCAUGCCCGCCAGGCACCGCUUGGGAUGGCAGCGGCCAACUCUCGACAUCCUGCCCAGCCUGCCCCCACGGCACGUUUGCCAGCCGCACGGGCUCGACUGUGUGUGAUGCGUGCCCUCCAGGCACGCUGGCAGAGGUACCGGGGCUGAGCACCUGCCAGGUCUGCCCCGCCGGCACCGCGUCCGCCGCAUGGGGCGCAUGGCGGCGCUCCUCCUGCCAGGCAUGCCCCGCGGGGACUUUC